AGCAGCAGCAGCACGCGCGUCAGCUGCGUCGUUGCGCUUCCGUGUUUUCGAUCACUCGAUGGUUUCGGCUGCGUGUUGAGGAGAGUUUAGGAGAUUUUUGUGUAGUCGAAAUCAAGAUUUUAGAGCUCAGACACAAACUCAACAUUCGUCUGCCGCACAGAGCUUCAAAUCCUCUCCGAUAUGGAUAAAUCGCGAGUGUUUGUGUCGAUGUGGGGCUUCCUGCUGAUGUGUGUCGCAUUCAGUCUUACUGAAGCAACAAAACCAACAACAAUCACACCUACAACUCAUCCAGCUGUCCACAAACCAUGCAACACUCAGACUUCCUGUGAGCUGUGCCUCGCCAAUGUUUCGUGUUUGUGGUGCCAGACGAACAGCAGCUGCUCAGAUUAUCCGGUGUCGUAUGUGAUUCCUCCGGCCUCGGUGUGUAAACUCUCUCAGGCGCGCUGGGGUGUUUGCUGGGUGAACUUCGAGGCUCUGAUCAUCGCGAUGGCUGUGGUGUGUGGGACUCUGCUGCUGGCCGUCACCGUCUGCUGCUGCUGCUGCUGCUGUAAACGCAGACACUCGUCCAGUUUUGACCGUGAGGAUGAGCAGUUUGCCCGGAGAAGAGAGGAGAUCAGACAGCGAUCAGAUGAGCGGAAGGCGGAGAGGAAGGGGAAACAUGAUGAAAUCCGCAAGAAGUAUGGUCUCAUCCCAGACUCCGAUCAUCCAUACAGCAAGUUCGAGAACGAGUGAAAGCGAGGGAUCGCACAGGAAUCACUUCACCACGUGCUUUGCUCUUUUGAGACACGUCGGGUGACUUUAGGUUAGAUGGAGCUGGACGGAAGCCGAUACUGAGAUUACCUUGUCAGUCCUUCCAUUGGUUAGAAAUCUCUCUCUCUCUAGUUAUGAGUAAUGUCUGUGUAGUUAUGAAUCAACACAGACUCUCUCUCUCUCUUCUCUCUGUCUACUCAAACACAACAGCAUCACACUGCA